GCUGCCAUGAGGACCAGGCUGGUCUUACUCUUCCUCCUGCUGCUAUCCCUGAGCGCAACCAGGGGUGCUGUCAUCACUGGGGCCUGUGACAGAGACGUGCAGUGUGGCUUCGGGCUGUGCUGUGCAGUCAGUUUAUGGUUGCGAGGUCUGCGUAUCUGUAUACCAAGGGGAGUAGAGGGCGAUGAGUGCCACCCGUUUAGCCACAAGGUGCCUUAUCAGGGAAAGAGGCAGCAUCACACUUGUCCCUGUCUUCCCCACCUUGUGUGCACGAGUUACACCGAAGGGAAAUACAGGUGUACCAGCGACUUCAAAAACAUUGACUUUUGA